AAUACUUUAUCUAGCGAGGGUGAGACUGACGCCUGGUGUGUGGGUCGGAAGGAGGGAAGACCCAUCCCUUGGAGAGCGGCCGCCCCGGCUGAGCCGCUGAGACCCUGCGAUUAUUCUGAAGCAGACGACUCAGACGACCUCUCCUCGGCUGAGAGGGCCGCCCCACGAAGGUUGCUGGGGAUAAGGAGGCGAAACUUUCCCGGCCGCUGUCUCCUCUUUCUCUCCUCUUUCUCUCGGCUGACCCUGCUGUGUCUCGCCAUGAAGAGCGGCCUUUUGAUUUUGGUCGUGCUCUGCUCAGCCGUGGGAGACACCUUUGCAGGAGGGAUCUGUUGGCGGCAGCAAGGCCGGGAAGCCAAAUGCACCAUGAUUCUCCAGACUGGCAUCACGUGGGAGGACUGCUGUGCCAAUGGGAACACGGACGUGGCGUGGUCCAACGCCUCGCACCCGGACAAAAUCAGCCUGCUCCGGAUCCUGGGUCUCGUGACCUGCAACCCUUGCAAAGAAACCUGCGACGGGGUAGACUGCGGGCCGGGCAAGGUCUGCAAGAUGAAAUACGGGCGCCCGCAGUGCACGUGCGCCCCGGAUUGCUCCAACCUGCCCCGCAAGCAACAAGUGUGCGGCUCAGAUGGAUUCACCUACCGGGAUGAAUGCGACCUCCUGACAGCUAGGUGCAGAGGGCAUCCCGACCUGGAAGUGAUGUACCAAGGCCGGUGCAAAAAAUCCUGCUCCAGCGUCGUGUGCCCCGGGACCCACACGUGCGUCGUGGACCAGACAGGCAGUGCCCACUGCGUGAUGUGCAGGGCUGCCCCUUGCCCGGACCCCACAAGCCUCGACCACACCCUCUGUGGGAACAACAACAUCACCUAUCCUUCCACCUGUCACCUACGGCGAGCCACCUGCUUCUUGGGGCGAUCCAUCGGCGUCCGGCAUUACGGAAGCUGCACAGCGUUGAACAAAUACCCCCUGGAUACAGACGACGCUGAAGGAAACUACAUCUAAACCCGGCGUUUGAGAUUUGUCCAACUUCUUCUAACACGCAGGGGCAUUAUCUGUAAUAAUGUACAGACGCGGAUAUUCCUGAUAUUUAUUUCGACCAAAAGAAGGGAAAAAAACGAAACGAAACCUUAUUUAUAUAAAUAGAUAUAGAUGUCAGACGAUGUAACCUAGACAUAUUCGGCCCGAUUUUUCCAGCUGUGGUCUCCCCGCCAUCCCAAACGGUAGAAUUCCUUCCCAGGAGUGAGUAAAGUGAUCUACUCCGUGGGGGAACGGACGAUUACAGGUCCAGCGGGUUCAAUAGAUAACAUUCACUCCUAACCGAGUCAACUUCCUUGGCUCACCAGAGGUCGCACAGGGCUUGUUCAGACGACACGCUUAGCUAUGAUUAGGCCGCUUAACCCUUUUGAAGCAAACGGUUAGCAAGUGCAUUUAAACUGUGGUUCUGUAGCCACCAUGGUUAGGAAGGGUUCACACAGCACGCGGAGUCCUGGUUCACACGACACGCUAAGCCAUAAUGUUUAGCUCAAAAUAUUUAACCGCCGUGGCUUAGCAGGACGUCUGAACAGGGUCUUAGCCCUCAAAACGCCUUUACCUUCCGUACCUGCCUAUAACAUACAUUUCUUGUCCCUAGGCCUGCCACCUUUCUCAUCACCUGGACCGCUGUGAGGUGUUCCUUUAUGCCUCCUCUUUCCUCCUCGGGCCUGGCGUGAGGUGUCCCUUUCCACCAUCUUUCUCGCCCCCAGACCAGGUGUGAGGGGUCCUCCUCCUCCACCAAUGUCCGCAUAAUUGUCCUGGUGUGAGGUGUACCCUGCCACAUUUCUUGUUCCCAAACCCUAUUUUUCUGUCCCUCUUCCAGUUCUUUCAGCCAUCGUGCAUGUUAUCUCUCUGCCCCGAUUCCUCUAACCUCCCGGCCUUCAGCCUCUUCCUUGGUUUCACCCAGCCAGCCUGCUUGCCUCCCCGCCCUUCUAAAACCACACCGCCCCUAGACCUGUAGGAGGGUUUUCCCCUUGUCAAACCAAACAUCCGUCCCUCUCACCAAAGUUGCACUGUUUAUUAACAUUCUAUGGCGGACACUUUCAAACUCACAGCUUAGAAUACUCACAAACACUCUGUUAACGCCACAAACGUUCAGCUGACAGACAAGGGGGCAUGGUAGGAUGGGGAUUUGUAACUGUUUUUCGCCUAUUUUAUAUACAUAUAUAAUUUAAGUUCACCACUUCUGCCACCCCAGUACAUUGUGAGCUGCGUAGACG